AUGCGACAUACGAGAAUAGUGUUGACGCCGCCGCGUGACACUUUGCUCGCGGCCUCUGAGAGAAUGUGCUCGGCGGGUUCACCGACAUGGAGUCAAGGGACUCCACAAGGAGCAUGGAGUCAUGGGACUCCAGAAGGAUCAACCCAAGACUCUGCAGGCACUCCGCCAGCGACCACAGGCGUGCUAGGGUCGUCGUGGGCACUUCCUUCAUCAGCGGAGGAAGGGCGGACGACCGAGCUCGGCGGGAAGACACGGCUAGAUCGCGAGGAGCAGGGAGAGGAUGUGGCGGAGAGUACGGGGCCCACGGAUCCCCGCCAGCAGCACCAACAAAUCCACCUCCCGCAGGCAGCGGCCGAUCUGAGCGCGCCGGGGAACCAACGGGGUUGUGCGGCAGAAGAGCAGCAAGAGGAGCGACGCGACCAGAGGGCGGAAUGGACCGCGACGACGAUGCAGCAUUCGAACGGUGGAGAGCUUUCUCCACGCCGUCAAGCUUUUCCAACACACGCUCCAUCUCGGACGGUACGGGACGCGCCGCACCACCACGUCCAUAUCCGCCUCGACGCCCACGACGACCUCGACCGCUUGCGUUCGAGCGCGCGGGCGACUGGGGGCGGGAUGAGGCAUGCUGACGGCGGCGUUCAGGGGAUCGGCCCUUGCGACGAGGAGAGUCGAGCCGUUGGCGCUUUGCCGGACGAGGCGAACGAGGAGGCGAACGCGGGCGGGUGGUAUGGUGAGCUGGCGAUCGGUGGCGAGAGGGAGGACGAGCGGGCGAACGAUGACGGCGGGAUCGGUGGUCACGAGACUGGCUACGAGACUCGACGCGACGAGGAGAUCGCGGCGAACGAUGCAGGCGCGGAGAUCGUGACGAUCGCGGCUCAAGGUGACGACCGCCACGGCGGCUCCCCUGCCUGUCGUCACGCGCCUCAGACAAACGACGGCGAGGCGAUCGUGCCCGGGGCGCCGCAGCCUCUACGCCGGAGCGCACGACGGACGCCUGGCGGGCAGGCUCCUUCUGCGGCAGGGAAUUUCCGCCACGUGGAGUCAGAUCGCGCCGCAGAUCCUCGAAGCGACGGCGUAUCUGAUCAGCAGAUGCCAGCGGAGCAACGGGCACGCUCGCAGCGGGACGCGCGGGGGGGAGCGGACGGGGAGCAGAACCGCUCUCCGCGAUGCGCUCCCGACCAUGGCCGCCAUCAGCAGACAUUGGAGCGCGGGGAGGAUGUCGCUCGCUCAGCAGGCGGUCGACGUGGCGGACGGGGAGCAGCGGGACGCGGACGACGGGCUAGCGGAGGAGGACCUGAGAAUGUGUAUCAACAAUCGGGACGGAGGGCUUUAAACGAGCUGGAAGAUGAUAAUGAGGAGACAUCAUCAGGCAGCAGCUUUGUACCUGCGGAAUCCACAGACUCGACUUCUAGCUCUGAGUCUGUGGAUGAACCCCAAACCCAGACUCCUGCUAGAGCAACCAGAGCAGCCCCAACUCACAGGGCGGGAGGAUCCUCAGUUGCGAGAUCCACACGGAGGGGACCCCCAACACCAACCCGAGCCGCAUCGGGCAACAUUGCAAACCCCCCACCCCCACCACCAAUUUCCCACACUCCAACCCAUUCCCGAGCCGCCCCACAAUCUGCACCUGGCAGUAACCCCAUCCCAACCCACGCGCGAGAGGAAAAAUCCCCAGAAACACUCGCCAAGGACGACGUGCUAUUCGCUGGGGUUGGAAGAUGGGACCUGACGAAAUUGCGCGACAGUCGCCACGCACCACUCUCCCGCCACCUCCCACCCGACCCUCGCAAACUUUUCGCCACCGCCCUGCUGGUACCUCUGCUGCGGUUGGCGAACGAUCCAGACUCACACUCUGCUUGGGUCGUCCUCUUGUUCCUCGCACGACUCACACUUCGCCAGCUGUCACCCAGGCGUCCAGAUUGGAAGGCAGUCAGCGCACGACUUAGCAAAUUCAUGUGUGGGGACUGGGAUGAGCUGUACAAGGACACCGUGGACUCACUGACCCGUCCCCAGCCACCCAGACACCAGCCGGAUGACAUUGGGGUCAUCGCGAGAGCUGAGGGGCUAGCUCGACGUGGCAGCCUGCGACGGGCCGUCAUGGCCUUAGAGGCCACGCCAGUUUGCACGCCAUCGCCGGCUGUGCUGGAGGCACUACGCGCCAAGCACCCACCUGCGCCCGCCUCCCCACCUGACUGGAUAUUUCCCACACCAGACCCUCACCUCUCGGCGCCUUACGAGGUCUUCUCCAAGGUUUUGGGUCGGUGUGAGAUGGGAGUAGGAGCUGGGCCAUCAGGAACAACAUUCGAACACCUGCGGGACGCAUCUCUGAUCAACGCUUCAGUGGGGAAGCACCUGCAUGCGCUAGUCAACACCAUACUCACUGGAAAAUUACCUCUCGCAAUAGCCGAACUCCUCACCGCCUCUCGCCUGAUUGCCCUUACCAAACCAGGAGGGGGGACGAGGCCGAUAGCCAUCGGCGAAAGCAUCACUCGCCUCGCUGCCAAAACAGCUCUUACCUUGACGGCGGGCGCCGCUCGAGAUUUCUUCUUACCUCAUCAAUUCGGUGUAGCGGUUCCAGGGGGAGCAGAGGCGAUCAUCCACAUCACGCGAACCUUUCUUACCGUCAACCCUGGAGCGCUCGUUCUGCAGGCCGACCUGGCGAACGCUUUCAAUAGUGUUAACCGAGGGGCCAUCGCGGAGUCGCUUCGAGCUGGCGUCUCUCCUGCUUACCAGAUGCAUCUCGCGGCGAGUCUCCUAUGUCGCGCGCACCACUCCGCUCUCUCCCUUGCCAGUGGAGGAAUGGUCGGACUGGGGCAAGGGAUUGUUUGA